AUGUGCAGUAAAUUCAUGACUAUCUUGAAGCAACUCCAUAUAAUGUAUGCCAAAUUUUUGAAGGACCUACUCACCAACAAGAGGAAGUUAGAAGAAGUCAACAUGAUGGCUCUCAAUGGAAAUUGUUUCACCAUUAUGGAUAAAAAGAUGCCGAUAAAGUUGAGAAAUUCUAGAAGCUUUGUGAUCCCAUAUUUGUUGGGUGAUAGCGUGAAAGAAAAAGCACUCGCCAAUUCUGGAUCUAGCAUAAAUGCAAUGUCGUAUACUAUUUACAUGAAGCUUAGAUUAAGAGAGUUGAGGCUGACAAGAAUGACCUUGCAGUUGGCCGAUAGGUUAGUAAGGAGGACACGGGGGAUUGUGGAAGAUGUGCUUGUAACUAUUGAAAAACUUGUCUUCCCAGUCGACUUUGCAAUUCUUGACAUAGAUGAGGAUGUAGAGACCCCAUUCAUUCUUGGAUGA